GCUCAGCCCCGCUGUGCGCGGGCACUGGGGAGGCGGUGGGCGCUGCUGCGGAGCGCUCCUCGCUCAGACACAGCCGCGGGACCGAGCGGGCAGGAGACACACGGAGCAGACACGCGGCCGGGAAGAGACGGGCGUCCCCCGGCACGGCGCGCUGGGAGCUGCCCGUGCCGGCCCGGGGCCCCUCCGCACUCUUGCGCGGUGCGGAGCCGAGCGGAGCGCGCAGGCGGCUGCUGCUGCAGCAGGUGAAGCCCUCUCUCUCCGUUUACUUUUCCCAAGAGGGAGAAGGAGGCAGCAGGAGGGGGACGCGGCGCCGUGUGGGGCGGGCAGGCCAAUCAGCGCCGCUGUAACGCAGGGUUCGCUGCAGGACGCGCCGGGUUUUCCUCCCAUCUUCUGCCGCCGGGGCUGAAUCGGGACCGCACGGACCGCCGGAGCCUCACCGGGCUUCAGGACUUCCUCACCCGCCGCUUCUCCGGCAGCGAAUCCCUGUACUUCUCUUUUUUCUUUUUUUCUUUUUUAAUACUCUUAAAUCUUGCACGAGAAGCAUUUCGAGUCCUCCCUCUUUCCCCACGCACUUAACACCCCCAGCGGCAUCACCCCGCCGGAUCCCUGCUUUCUCCCCGGGAGGCUGAGCCGAGCGGCGGGGAGCCGGGCGCGGAGCCGCUCCAUGCCGCGGGCCGUGUGCCGGCGAUGCCCGGGCGCUGAGGCCGGAGCUCCCCGCUGACGGGAGGCGGCCGAGCGCAGGGUGCUUCCAGCAGCGCGGAGCGGCCGCAGGAUGAAUAAGAGAUACUUACAGAAAGCAACGAAAGGGAAGCUGCUAAUAAUAAUAUUUGUUGUAACGCUGUGGGGGAAAUUAGCAUCUGGGGCAAAUCAUCAUAAAGCUCACCAUGUUAAAACUGGGACCUGUGAAGUGGUGGCACUCCACAGAUGUUGCAAUAAGAACAAGAUAGAAGAAAGAUCACAGACAGUGAAGUGCUCCUGCUUCCCUGGGCAGGUAGCAGGUACCACCAGGGCAGCUCCUUCUUGUGUUGAUGCUUCAAUAGUGGAGCAGAAAUGGUGGUGCCACAUGCAACCAUGUCUUGAAGGGGAGGAAUGUAAGGUUCUUCCAGAUCGUAAGGGAUGGAGCUGUUCCUCCGGGAAUAAAGUAAAAACAACUAGGGUAGGUAUGAAACCAACCUUACAUGCUACAAACAGGUAAAAAACGUGCACAGGAGAUUGGGUACACAUGGAAGACAUUAGCUGAGAAGAGCGAAGAUGUGUGGGAAGAGACUUGUACUGGGAAUGGACUUCAUGGUCCUGCACACUUGCCUCAGCAUACAUAGCAGUUGCUUCAUCAUGGUAAGCAGUGUGCCAGACCACCUCAGGUGAGCAGUGGAGAUGAUAGAGUUGACACCUUUUUCAGCAACUGAUAAUGAUCCCAUUUUAUAAUCUGAUACAUAUUUCUUUGUGAAACAAAAUCUGUACACUGUGCUGAGCUCUUUGUUUACAGACAAGUACAUUUUAAUCAAUAACAUGGCUUUACCAUGUUUCAAUGUAGAAACUGCUAGGCGUGGUAAGCAUUUGAUAUGCAAUUAUAAGAGAAUCUUCUGGUUCUUUCUGUCUUGUAUGACUGAUUAACUACAAAACUUUCAGUUUCAGUAAACUCCUUUCGCCCAUUUGACACUUUUUUAUAUUACUGUUUCAAAAUUAGAUUAUCUAAAGUAAAUCUAACAUUAAUUGUACACAGUGCCUGAAAACAAAGUAAACCUUAUGUCAUCCCAGUUUUUAGUGCCUAUCAAUACUAGAGUAACAAAUUCUGCAGUUAAGCAGUAAGUUCUCAAACUUCCUCAAACUUCAGAACUGUAUCUCUACAGGAUCAACAGCUCUAUAUCCACAUAAAACAUCACAAAUGCUCCUGCAGGACACAUAUGCAUGUGUAUAGGCAUAAACACCUUCACCUCUCCACUCCUCCAUCCAUACAUGACAACUGUUUUGCUUAUACAUAUUUAGUAAUUGUGGUGUCAGGCUAUAAUUUGCCAGUACAUUGUUUACAUAGGUGUAUCUGAGUGUUUAUAUCAUUUGAAUAAAAUCUUCCCUGUGUAGGCACUAAAUUUCUGAUACACCUUGGUUGUAGUGAAAUGUAGUAUGUGCUGGCUGAAUUACAUUUUAUUCCACAGAGAGAUCUGCAUGUCUCAGUUUCUGUAUGCGUAAGUCUUUUGCCAUUUUGACAUUCUUUGAAGGAAGGUUACUUCCUCAGUGUUUGAUAUACUGUUCUGCUCCCAGAUCGUCUGUCAAAUGUAUUUCUUCUGAAGCUAACCUUGCUUGAAUGCUGCCCACCUGACUUAGUACACCUAACUUAGUACAUGCUAAUGCAUAUCUGAUUAUAUGAACAUAAAAGGUGUGUGCAUGUGUAAUCCAAUGGAAAGGAACUAGAAAAAAAUGUAAUAACAGCAAUAGAAAUAGGAAAAGAAGUGUGUGUAUGUUCUGAAAUUUGUCCUUGUUACUACUGCAUUAUAUAUGACACCAUUAGUGCUCAAGAAUGCAUGCCAUUUUAUAUUUAAUGUUUUUAACAAGCUUAUAAGUAAAAGUGUGGCUCUGGAUUACCCUCCUGUAGAAAAAAUAAAAACGAUCACAAAAUAGGGAGAUAUCAAUAAGAACAUCUUUGAGGAUAUUUCUUCACAUUUUGUCAAAAGAUAGGUUCUUCUGUCAAGGUUAUGAAGUUAUGCCUGCCCCUAGGAAUCUCUAGAAGCCUAAGGCUCUUGUCCUGAAGGGCUCAUGCCUCUGCUACAGACACACAGGUCUGGCUCUUUGCAGGAGUUGGCCUUUCCUUGUUCUCCGUGGAUAGUGGCAAUCCUCAGGACUCACUUCAUGGCUCCUCAGAAGUGAUGCUGUGAAAAAGCCAGCUAUUAGACACACUGAUUCAGUACAAUGGCCACCAUAACCUGCAACUACUAAGAGGAAAAAAACUAAUCACCUUAAAUCCCCUGCCAUUUGCUCUGCCUUGUAGUUUGUCCAGAUACUAUGUGUUUCCCCCUUCUUAAUUUCGCAGACAUGCAAUACUGUUUUGAGAUGUUCUCAAAUUUGAAUUCAAAUUACUGGCUGAGACUUGGUCUCAGUCCUUGAGAAGUGAUGAUAGGGAAAUGAAGCUCUAUGUCUUUCUGGAAUUUUAACAGAUAUCAUUAUGAUGCCCAGAAAAAAUAUACAUUGCUAUUAAGAAUGCAAUUGACUGUAGUAAGAGUAGCUUGUUAUCAAAAGCAAGUAUUUUGCCCUAAUAUGUAGUGAAUAUAAUAUUUUUGUAGUUCCUCUUUCUGGCCUCCCAAGUCUAUAAAUAACAGGAAAAAUUCUAAACGGCUCUAAGGUUUCAAAACUCUUUCUAAAGAAAAAUAAAGAAGAAUUCUUCAGAGAGUCAGUAUUAAGAAGACAUGAAAAAUAUCCUUCCAACUGUUAAAUGAAAUAACCCAUAUGUGAUUAUCAUGUAUAAUGUAAAAGCAUAAAGAAAUGAAGGAACGGAACAGCUUAGGUGAUUUAAGUGUACUAUAGUAAAGCAUUGUGAAAGCUUUCCUGAAAGGGUCUAGGAAAGUAUUAGGUCUAUAUUCAUCUCCAAACAUCUUCUGUAAUUUUGCCUCCUUCAUGAGCACAAAAAGUAACCCAAUUAACUGGUGAAGUGCUAUCUUCUCAGCUACAGGAUACCAGAUUCAAAAGCAGCACCUAGAUUUCCACAAGCUGUUAAUAACUAAGCAUUACAGUAGAAUUAAUCCAGUAAUAGGAAGGAGACAUUUUUCUUGUCCACAUCUGUUUGAAUAUUUAAUUGCAUCACUGUAAAGAAUGAUGAUGCCAAAUUGUUGAUACUUAUGUUAAGCAAAAAUCUAAGCAACAAGCCUAUGUGAAUAAUGGAAGAAAAUUGAUUUAUUUUUAAAUAUACGGUCUACUUGUGUUUUUGUACUUUGUUUAGAUAAAUAAGGAUCGAAUACAUUUACAAAUCAAUAAAAGAUUAGAAAUAGUAUGAAUUUUAUGGUACUCAGAAUUCAAAUGUUAAGAAAAAUCAGAUAGCAAUUAUUUACCUUAUUAAUGCAGAAUAAAGUAGUAUGGAGAGAUUAAACUAUAUUCCUAAUUUCUCUGCAUACUAAUGGAAGAUGCAGAUGUUAGGAGUUAACCGUGGAAAAGCAAUGAAUUCUGGGAUGGGGAGCAUGUUUGUGAGUAAACUGAAUACUGAGUAAACUAAUUCUGGUUUAGAAUUGACUAUUUUGGGCCUAUGUAGCCUGCAGUAGGGGAAGGAGAGAAGAGGGAAUGGCAAUUUAGCUAAUGAUUUCAUGUAGAGAAUUAUAUGUUUGUGUUCCUGAACAUUAUACCACAACAAAAGAAGAUGUUCAGAAACUCAUUAAUAGAAUUAUGAAGUGCUUAUGUGCAUAACUCAGAUUUACCAGGGACGUUGCAGCAUUUUCCUGAGGACUGAAAAACCUUUGAGAAGGAAGUAAAUGAAUUUUUUUUCUGUAUGGCUAGUCUCAAAGUUUUGCAAAAUAAACACAAAAAUUUUGCCAAGUUACUCUCCUUAAAGGAUGACAAAAGUUGUAGAGAAGGGGAAAAAUCUGAAGAUGUCUUUUUGCUUUUGAAAUAUUUUUUUUCUCGCAACCUUUUUCUAAUAUAAUUAUCUUCAUUCAAUAAGUUAUCUUGCUUGUGUUUCCUUUCCUCUUUGUGAAACAAAAAAAUGUCUGUCUAAAGCGAGAAUUUUCUCAUCACUCGAAACCCCCAAAAUAGUAGUAGUAUGCAUGAAAUAGACAAUGACAUUAAAAAAUAUAUGAAUUUUUAUUAAACUUUUAUUAAAGAGGAGCCCUUUACAAAGACUAGGUAGCAACAUUGUGCAGUUAGAUAAGAUCAUCUAAGAAGAAAAAAAUCCUGUUUCCUAUUUCUCACCAGUACGAGUGUACCUCUUCCACAUUGGAGAUCUCAGGGUAGUGGUUUUUCGAAGGCAAAUCCAGAUGCUAGGCUUUACUUGUGUUUGUAAGAACAGCACACUGUCCACUGUCUUUAUGAUACAGGUUUACUUCAAGUAGGAGCACCAGAAGCUACAUGUGACUUGUGUGAAAGAGCAACCUGAAAUGCCUUCUGUGGAUCCUGGUACCCCAGGCAUCAACCCUCAGACUAGGUUGGAGCAUGGCUUGGCUGUUGGGCAACCCAUAAACCCAGAUGUCUUUUCUAAAGAAUCUGGUGUGCAGGAAAACAUGUGAAGUGGUGCAUCUUGAGGCUUCCCUUCAGAUCCCAGAGCUGUGAUACGACAAGAAAUUGCGCUUAAGAAUGGGGAAGUGCCCCUGGGCUGCAGUUCAGGCACAGUCUGCGAAUCUGUUCAGAGAAGGUGGACUGGUAUUUUAUGAAGAUGUAGGGAAAUAUGUAUUGGUAUUUUUCAUGCAAAACAGUACCUUGUCCUUCAACUUUCAUUUUUUUUUGGUAGAACUGCUAGUGGAAUAAGUUACAAUUCAAUACAAAGCUCUGGUUAAACUAUUCAUAGUGGAAUUCACCGGUGUUUGUUUGGAACAGGACUGUCUAGCCUAAGAUCCAGGCUGUCUUAUUAGUAUCAGAGACAACUGCUCAGUUCUGGAGAACAAUCUGUUUUGUCCUAAGGUAGGUCAGAUGAAUUAUCUUCAGAAAGUGCUUAUGUCUCCCUAAAAACUCUGAAGGAAAGCUUUGAUCAUUAACUUAAUGUCUAACAUUUGUAUGCUUAGUGUUGAAUAAGAAGAUGCUGUCUAGGAGACUUUCUUUGAUGGGGUCUUCAGUAGGAAGCUGAAAAAUCCUAAGUCCUCUGUCAGUUUGGGAAGCUUUGGGCUUUGGCCACUGUCAAAUGCAAUACAGUGUAAGAGAAUCUUCUAAAACAUUCAUGCUCUGAAGAUACUCAGAUGUAUGCCAAACAAGUGAAUCAUACUGUGAUGAGCAUCAUGCCCAGUAUCUGUUAUUCAUCAGAAAUUGGUAACAAGUGCAUGUCCUUUUAGGACAGCCUUGUUGUUAUAAUAACAAUAUAAAUGAACGAAAAUUAUCAGAUACAUUGCAUAGCAGGCAUUUCUUAUUAACCUUUGAAAAUCUCUAGAAGGUGAAAGUGAACAAAGUAAUAUUUUCCUAUGAACAAGUGCUAACAGUACUUUCACACAGGUCAUAAAGGACCAUCUUUUGGAAAUGAGCAUCUAACUUCUGGAAUAGCUUUAACACCCACACUUUUAUGAGAGGCAGAAGAAACUGCAAUUGUCACUCUGAAAACAAGCUAUUAUUUUUAAUAUGUGGGCAAAAGCACACUCCAGAACAGAAAGAAAUCAAUAGUUAAUAUAUUACUGUGUAACUAUAUGCCAACCCAAUAUUAGAAAUAGAGUACUGUAAAUAUAUAUAUAUAUAAGGAACAGAGAGAAGUAAGAGAGAAGUUUUACAUGGCCAAAAAUAAAUCCAUACUGAGUCCAUUUAUCUACAUUUCAAAUCCAAAUCUACUUUCCAAAUCAAUACCAGAGAUAGAUGGCUAAUGCAAAAAAAAAAAAAAAAACCAAAACCAGAAAUAUUGCCAGGAUGGAGAGAAAUCCAUACUGAGAGUGUUUAUCUACAUUUCAAACAAUACUGGAGAGAGUCUGAAGUCAGAUAUUUGUAAUAUUCCAUUUAAUCUAAUUUUGCAUUAUGACAUCCAGAAUUUAAAACAAACUAAAAAAUUAAUAAUAUCAUUGGAAGCAGAGAAGUAUGCUGUCCAAACAUAACAACUGCCGACAUAUGAAACGAAAUGGUGUUCAGCAUGUGUAUUCCACUACUCUGAAUCAAUGCAAUUCUGCUGCUAUCUAUAAGUACUGCUUAUAUUUUUACUGUCUCCUCUUUCUCACUUGUAGAUGCUAGAUUGUUUCUAAGUUAAUUACAGCUGCUGAUGGGAGAGGCAGUAAUUUUAUUUAUGUUUCAAAUUAUAAAGCGUGCUGUUCAUAAGGCUUUCAGCCCAAGGAAUGAAAGUGCUUCCAUUAGGUACCUUUACACAGUAAUGCUCUGCAGUGGGCCAAAGGAGGAAGGCUGAAGGCAGGAUGGUAAUUACUAAGAAACCUGGUAUCAGAAGGCAGCAUUAACAGUGAUUCAGCUGCUGUCAUAACCAACAUGUGAGUAAGACAACACAAAAAAUGAGAACUAAAAUGUAUCCUUGGAUAUGAAAAGAACGGAACAUUUUUCUGGAAACUGAGCCUGACAUCGGCAAUGCAGCUGUGUUAGCUGUUGAUUUCUGCUCCUCUGUAUCAGCAACAUAUGCAUUGUCUCUUUAAGCAGCAACAGACAUAAAAAAAUGGAAGUACAACUUUUUUGUUUUUUGUUUUUGCUAAAGUUGGAUAGAAAUAUUGCCAUUGUGGUUGCCUCUUCCCUCAUGUCUUCAUUCCUUCUCUUUCAUCCAAAAUUUUCAAAAACACAACUGGUGAUGAUGUGUAAGUAGAAAAAUCAGAAAUUCAUAAACACUGUGUAGAGAGUAUUUUAGGAUAUUUACAAUAGACUGGGGGUAUCAUUGUAGUCAGUCUGUGCUAAAAAGGCAGUGCAUUUCUUGUGUGACAUUUUUUCAGAGUAAAACUAGUGCUAACCCCCAUCACAUGAAGCAAUUCACCUUUUGCUCUGAAUACUGUCAAACUUGAAAUACUUACAGGAUAAAUCAGUGAUUUGCCAAGUGUCAGUAGUAAAUAAUUGCAGGAAGUACUUCUUCAAAUGUUAUUUAAGGAAUUAAAUUAAAAGACUACCAUGCUGUAAAACUCCUCUAUCCCCCGCCUCACUUCAAAGUUUACGUCUAUGGACACAUCAGCUUCUACCUUAAUUUUGGGUGAAGAUUUAUAGGAGUAAUACACAUAUGGGUACAGUGAUGAGCUAUAUUUUGUGGUUCAUAAAAAGGAUGUUAUUAAAAUACAAGUAAGUGCACAGACUGUAGCAAAAUAUUAGCUAUGGAAAAGAAUGGUUGCACUUGUGACAGGCUCUUUGUUGCUAUGGUAUCUCUUUCCAUGCCUUUGGCUAAUCUGUCACUAGCAGAAAUUUGCAGCUGUCUCAGCAUGUUUCUCAUUGCUAACUCAGAGACCCAGUGUAUCUAAUCUGUCAUUAAAAUAGCAAUAAAUGGUAUGUCUACAUUUUCUUAAAAAAUGCACACAAGUUUCAGGGGACAAAUGAGCUGCGAAUGGAAAUAACAUUUUCAAGGGUCAUGUUAGCUUUUUGCAUUGGUGAUUAUUGUUCUGAUCCACUAUCACAACUCAUUCAUAUUGAGGAUCAGUAUUUUUUGGUAGGUUGUCCAAACAGUAAUCUUUUUUUGGACACUUCGACAUUUUAAGGAAAAUAUUUAGCAUCUCUGGACAACAUACGUUAGAGUUUCCCAAGUGUAGCUUUCCAAAAGAUUUGAAUGAAUCACCAGUUUUCAAGGCUAAGUAAUUCACUGAAUCUCUUAAAAAUAUCUGCAGAAUACCAGGUUUAUGUCUUUAACAUAAAGUUGGCAGGCCUAAUUCUAUCCUAUGAAAAGGUUCCUGUUACAAGUCUACAUUUGAUGCAAGUUUAGGCUUAGAGCUUGAUUAUAUCCAUUUAUGUAUAAAAGUCUUGACAAAUCAUAGUUUUUUUCCUAGAGACAAAUGUGUAUUAAAAACAAAUAAACAAAAAGACACAAGAAACAAGUUACGGUGAUAAUGAUUAGAAGAAAGAAGAGUAUUAAGGUAGUGAAAGAGACCACUUACAGCAUAUGUGGAGAGUUUGACUCAAGACUGCAUAAGAGAGGUAGUCCACCAUGCUGUGCAAUUUAUUUGAAGCAGAACUAAUAGUUCAGUAAUGAAAUUUCUUACAGGCACGUGACUCGAAUUACACAAAUCCAAAUAAAUUACAGAACUAUGAAACUCAUAAGCGUAAUGCAAAAGUUAGCAAUUCAUUGCUGUAUGAUGUCGCAUACUGGACCUGGUUUCCAACUUGGUCUUAACUUGUUCUUCCCUUUCCUACUUACCUCUUUUACAGUAUAAAUAUAGAUGCAUUUAUUGACCUGAUCAUGAGGUAGAACAUGGGAUCCACCCAAAAUCUAUUCAAAUAUGAUAAAAAGAAUGAAUCCAAUGCAUUCCAGAAAGCAAUGAAAUAGACCCAUAAAAAUAGGAAUGUGGAAAAUUUUAAGUGUUUUUCAUUUAAAGUCUGAUAUGUUAAAAGCAAAGUCAUCAAGUGGCAGUAAAACUUGGGCAGGUCAAGAUAUUCCAAAUAUUCAACCCAGGAAAUUUUCUGUCGCAAAUUUUGUUGAGUUCUAUGUAUACUGAUGUGAAGGUCUGAAAAUGAGGAACACCAAAAGAGAAUUGGAUGAGGGCAAUAUUCAUGUGUAGCGCUUCUGAACACAGAGAGCUUGUUAAUGCAUUACUUUAAAAAAGAAAAAAUUUGAAAAUCAGAAUGAUAUUUCUUAUUUUUUUUGAAUUAUCAAAAUUUAAUUGCCUAGAAGGUUUGAAAAUUUGCCUUGAUUUUUUUUUCAGUCCCUGGUACUACUUGGGACUGCCUUGGGUCUUGUCUCUAGCUGUUCUGAGAUUUUAUUCUAAUUAUUUUUAAGAGCAGGUUCUCUGAACAUAUCAUGAGAAAUGAAAUCUUCUGCAAUCCCUUCUUCACACUCAUAAAGUGUUAGUAAUAUAUCUUACAGUUUAUGCAUUUUUAUGAGGUGAUAGUUUUCUCUAAGGUAAGACUGCAGAUAGCAUCCAUUGCAAAACAUUAUUUUAGCUUCUACAAAACUUAAAAAUUGAUGGAAUUGCUCUAAAAUCAAAAACAAAUAUUUCUGUCAUUGUUAAAGAAAAACAUAAAUGGAUUCAACUGCAUGUCAUUAAUAAACUAAUUGGUGAUUUUUUGCAAGUAUUGCUUUCUUCCACAUGGGAAUCCUCCACUCCAUCAGUCCAGCUGAGAGGUUUUCUGCCUUUGUCCCAGAAGAUUCCACUUCCACUUGUGAUUUUUUUUUAUUUUUUUUCUCCCCAGUUUUUCCUUUGCUGGCAUAUUUGAGAUACUAAACUCAUGUCUGAAGAAUAGUUUUCUGCCUCUGUAAUGAAAAAUAAGAAUGACUUCUGAAGGCCAUAUAUAAAUUACUGGUUUUCUCCACUUCUCUACAAAGUGGAAAAGGCAUAACACUGAAAUCAAAGAUGUUUUUACUCUCAUUUACAGCCUCUUUGCCCUUUCAGAGCUAUGUAAGAUAGAAUCUUUGAAUAUCUAGCAGUCUUUUUUCAGCCUUAGCAAUGGCAAACCUUUGUCAGUUUGCAGUACCUUACAAUUAUAGGAAGAUGAUAUUCAAAUGACAGUAUCAUAUGAGUGAUGCUGGCAUGCUCUAAAACUACUGCUUCUUCCUUGUCACACCCACCUUUGUGAUCUGUGAGGGCUUUGGAUCAUUUCUGAAAGUCAGAAACAUUGCAUUUCAUUCAGAAGGACUGGAGUAUUCUAAAACCUCCCAUUACCCAAUGCUGCAUGCAGAACUCUUGCCUCUAUUUGGCACAAGCUUCACAAACUAUUCAUCUCUGUUCAGUCGCAGAAAUGAUAUGAGGGUGUGGGAAGGUGGACCCCAGUUCUCCUAAGGGUAUUACUUUCAAUUCUCCCAAAUUCCAUAGUUUUCUUGGGGUAUUUCCUUACUUGUUAGGACUGUAUAGAAAACCUCAGAUGUUCUACUCUGUUUUAGUUCUGCUUUUCUGCCUUCUAACAGGGACAGAAAAAAAUGAAUGGAAAAUAAAUAACAAUUACAGAAGAUCAGUCAUACAGAGCAUUCAUACACAGUCAGUGGUGGAAUGGUGAAAAACUCUCAAACCAGCUGGAAUCAGAUUAUCCUAAUUAGAAUAAUGAAGACAGUCCAGUCCUAUCAAAAGACUAUUCAAACUGAAGAAAAAAAAUGUAUUUCGGACAAGAAUAAAUGAGAGACUGAUCUCUACUACAUAAUUUAAAAAAAAAAAAAAAAGAGGACCAACAUCAAAUUCAUUUCUGUAAGAUUUUCAAAACUGUUCUUGUUUUCGUAGCUUACAAUGCUUUUUCCACACUGAGGAAGACUUGGUUCAUCUCAGGAAAGACACUACUGUUGUACGUAGAGAAAAGUCUCCAAGGGUUUUUGUAUGUUCUAAAAGUAGACUUUGAGCUUUCUUCUACUCCUUUAUUAGGACAUACAGAUGAUUCAUUCUCAGAUCUUUUAGUCCUGAUGACUAGCAUUCAGUACCUUCUAUAUCUGCAGUGAGAAAUGUCACUGAGUUCUGAAGUGAAGAUUUUGAGUAAAGCUACAAAAUAUCACUUUCGUCAUGACACUUUAGGUGAUGUGACCUGUAGCAUUUUCUUGGUAAGGCCUCUAAAAACAGAAGUGAACACAAGGGUGUCUCCAGUUUAUAAGGACGGAUAUCAUAUCAAGUGAACAGUGGAUUGUUUCUAUGCAGCCUAUGUCUAUUAACUCAGUACAAAUGGAAGAUUCAAGAAUUUUAAUGGAGCUGCAUAUUUUAAGAUGUCCAAAAAUUGUGUGUCUUCAAGUUUGAGAAUACCAGAAAAUAUCUCACUAAUUCUAGACAGAAGAACAGCAGCUUUUUCCUUCAUCUUGAGUUUAAGCUUUGUGGUUUAGGAACAUAACCCUGCCAAAAGACCAAAGAAGUUAACUUUUCUUGUGUUAUUACCAACCUAGUCAAAUGCACAGUAGCUGUUCCAGAAUUUUGAGAUUCCUCUGUUGUACCUCCUUGCAGUCUUUUUGUAGUGAUCUUGGGAAAGAACAGCAUAGCAAAUUUAUCGUCUUCAAGGCAUAAUUCUACUUCCAGUUGCCAAUAAUUAUUGUUCAACAUUACCUACAAAAAAGGAAGAAUACACUUUCUCCUAGAAUGCAGCUUGUCAGUUUUGAAGCUGGUUGCUGGCAAAGCCAAUUUCUUUUUGGGAGUCAUUCAAGAGAUUUCUAUUCUAGAGCCCUUUUUCCUCUUUCUUGACAUUAAAUCAUGUAGUUGUUGCUUACAUUCCUGAAAUUUGAAGGCUACAACCUUCAGAUACUUUUGGCCUUUUCUUCACUACUUGAAAUUUUAGAAUACCAGUGACUAAUUAUGAUUAGCUACUCUGAUGUGUUCAUAUUUAACUUGUCUUGGGUCAUGUACUUGUCAGAGCAUAGUGAGAAGAUGAAGGUAUGAGGAGAACUGUCCAGAUUCUUUACACAACACAAAUGAAAUGGAGUAUCAAGGCAGUCCUUUGUGACAUUUCUAGAGUUCAUUAUUUUCUUACACAGACUAUGUCUUUUCUGUGCACUAUGAAAUCCAAAAAACAGUAUUGAGGUAAUCCCCAGUACACAGAAGUUAUAGGAAGUUGUAGCUUUUACCUGGAAAUCUCCAUAAUACUCAAGCAAGAAGAUAUUUCAAGCUUAUUACAAGUUUGGGGAAAAUGCUGAGGAAGACUGUUAAACACAUUUUCUGGAAUUAAUAUCAGCGUGCAUGCUUCCAAGAAUGCCACAGGAAGUUGUGAUCAUAUAUGUCGGAUGUUCAAGAGGAUGGCAGGGAAACUUAGUCAUUCGCAUGCUACUUCAAGCACAGAUGGUAGAUUUGCUCUCUGUUCUGUAUAUUUAUUUAUUUAAAUUGGAAGUUGAUUGAUUUCUCUUUUUCAUUCUUUUUCUCUAAUAACCAAGAAUUAGUCAGGAAUGAGCAAUUGUAACCCUGACUACUUCCUAGUGAACCAGGCCUUAUGUAUUUUCCCUAGGCAGUGAGAAAUCAUCCUAAUUGUUCAUCUAUGACAGCUUUUAGGUGGAAAGCUCUUCAAUCUUCCCUUUUCUUGCUUCUAUUAAGAACUGACAAGAGGUGAAAGGGAUUUUUCUGUAAUCUUCUAAAUCUGCCACCUUUCUUCUGUUUCUUAUUUGUAUUAGAGUGAUAGUGUGAUGGGUACUCAGACUGGAGAAAGUUAAAAUUAGAUUCCCUUAAAAUAAUUUUAUAUUCUCUAAAUGGGUACCCACUACUCUGUCAGCACUCACUACUUUGCUUUAAUUUUCUCUGCACAAGGGAAAGUCUUUUCUUCGUUUGGAGAUUCUAAAUUGAUGGAAAGAAAGAGGAAAAUGAUCAAAGUGUUUCAAGUUGAUGACUGAUUCAUUGUUUUUAAGCCUUUUUUUUUUUUUUCCUGCCUGGAUAUUGCUCUGCCGUAUUCUAACUUGUUUUUUAGUUGUCUUAUAUUCCCUCAGCUGUGGCAGUAUUCCUGGAGCCAAAUGUGAGUGCACUACCUCAAAAUGCCGGUAGUGGAAGCUGGUAAGCAAGUGGGGGAAAAUCACCAAAGGAAUCUGAAGCUUGGGACAAAGGUAGAAAACACAUCAGUACUGCACUAACAGAGCAGCAGGUACCCUCAUAGAGAAGAUAAAAUUACAGUCUUUUAUGUCGUCAUGCCGCAGUCCCACUAUGGAGUUGUGAUCACCUCAAAAAACCACGAGAGGAUAUAUCCUUGUCUGAAUUACUACAGUUAUUAUCUGUUACAGAAAGUAAAAUAAAGGUUAUGGUUAAGUAUUCUUUCAAUACAAAACUGUUGUCUCUAAAUGAAAAAUUUUGUGAAGUUAUGACAAUCUAACAUAAACUUGAUUUCUCUGCUGAAUUACAGAAUCGCGGAGAAGGUUUAGUUAUGGACAUUGUAGUGACAUUAUCUUUUGGAAGAGUAUAACAACAAAAUACAUUUGGAAAAGUGAUGAAUUAUAUUUAUCCUUGACAUAACUCGUAUGUCUUCAUCAGUUAUACACUAUGAUAAUUGUCCCAGUGAGUUGUGUCAAUUAUGUUUAUUUUGUAAAAUAUCGAGUUGAAGUGAAUAUGAAUCCAGAGCCACACUUAUUUGUCUGACAAUAUUUUAAAUGUGUAGUUAUUUUAUUAAAUCAACUAACUGUCCAACUUAUGAUUUUUAUCUUGUAAUAGAGGUUUCUAAUCAUCUGCAGUAGGACAUUUAUGAUAAAAGGCCUAGAGGAAAAAGAGAAAAAGGAAGAUAAUUAUCUUUUGUAAGCAUUAUUUAAAGAAAUUUAGGUGAUCUUUUGAGGUGCUGUGAACACCUUCUCAGAAGCAAUCAGAAUUUAUCAGCAGAUCCAAAAACUUAUCUCAAAAAUCUAGAUAAGGAACUAGGUGCCUGAAUUGAGUAGUGUGUUUUGAAAUGUAUCAUUGUUAUUUUAUGGUGUUUCCUAUAGCCUACUAGCCACAGAAGUGACUGUAAGUAGAGUUCUCCUCUGAAUGCUCAUUUUUGUUAAACUUUAUGCAGUUGACUUUUUUGGUUUUGUUUUGUAUUUUUUAAUGUAUGUAUGUUAAGAAAACACACCUUUCAUUUAGAGGGAAGUGUAUUCUGAUCACAUGCCUCUUUUUUGUACCAAAGUUCUAUUCAUGCACUUUGAUUUUCAAAGACACUUUCAAUUACUGUUUUAGAAUAGAAUGCUGAUACACUUGCAAAAAUGAGAGCAAAUGUUACUUAUCCAUUUCUGUUUGGUUUUCUUGACAAAUCUCAAAGCUUGAAUUUGAGUAUAUUUGAACCUUUUCCUUUGAAAUUACUGUUAUUGUUUGGGGUAUUUUUUGAGACCAUGCUCCUUUGCUAAGAGAAUUUACUUUGGUUCUGAAAUGUUUCUUCCUGUUGUUCUGCACUUUUACCUGUAAGUUAAAGAAAAUUCCAUCUAUCCCAGUUUUGUUUUCUGCAAGUAAUUCCAUAACAGUGUAGUACUUGACAUGUGUUUGUUUCUUAGGCAAACGUGUAAAACUCUUCAAGUCCGAAUGGAGAAGUAGAGAAAGGAGGUUUCUGCUGUGCCUGAUGACAAUUUAUGAUUUUUCCACACAUACUAAAUAAUCUGGCUCCACGUUGGAGCACUAGUUGUGAUGAAUCCUAGUCAUGGUCGGAUUCUAAGGAAGGGCCAGAACGUUCGUUGAGGAAUAAAGAGUCAAACCACUCCAGAAAAUGUGUUCCAGCCCUGGUUUAUUACUCACAGAGCAGCAGGUAACCCGAUAGCUAAAGACAAAUCAAGUCAGUCUCAAGGCUGAUAACGUUAAAUACAACACAUAGGAAUUUCAUUUCUCCAGGCAAUUCUUGAAGUGAAAUUUCAUACUGCUGGGGUGUAUCCUUCAGAAUCAAUUGUUUCAAUGAGAACCUGGUUUGUAAUCAACAACAGCCUUGAGAUCAAAACUACUGGAAAGUUAUUUUGAACUUCUGUGUCACAAAGAUUUCAACAGAUUGAACUGUGUACACUUGUAAAAUUGCACUUCCUGAGGAAUUUGCAGCUGUAAUCUCAAGAGGUGGUUCUCAAAAGGUGCAGAAAAUCAGCAGUCGUUCGGAUUCUCCUUUCCAGACUGAUGGCAUUUCAUCCUGAUGAACUCAGUCUCCAAAAUGUAUUGGUUCCUUCCCUCAAAAAUGGUUCCCGGUCUCCAUUCAGAUUGCUGGUGGGACUGCACACUGCUUUAAUUAAAUUUCCAUUGCAGAAAUUGUCCUCUGGCAUGGCACAAUUUUAGACAUUUUUAUUUGUAUUCUAAUCUUGGAGCUCUAAAGGGUACAUAUUUCAACAUCUUGAAGUUGCUUUUGUUAUAGGAAUGGAAAUAUAUAUCCAUUGUUAAUAAUUAUUGUUGACAAGUAAUAGUUAUCUGAAUACAUCAGUCAUAUUAGAAUGUAUAGUCAGGUUGACAUGUUUCCCUAAGGCUAACCAACUACUGCAGCUAUUUGGCAGUUGAAAAAAGUAGCGGUCAAAACUCAAUUACCACUUCCAUUAUAAAGCAUUUUAUACCUUUAAGAUAUAUAUUUCAAUUUACUUUGAAGGAGGCAAGUGCUCCUAUACUUUACUUUCCCAACCUUUAAAUCACUGAAAUUCUUGGUAAGCAGUCAAGGAAAGUAUUUCAUCCAUUUUUAUAAAAGUAGGCAGGGAUGUAAAUGAGUUUUUCAGUUAUGAAACUGGAUGGUAAUCAUUUAGAAUUUUUCUCUUUUUAUUGAAAAAUAAAAUCUCUUGCUUGAAACUAAGUACUGUUGGAUGCUUAUGUAGAUGUCUGCUCAGACUGAUUGCUAUAAAGGAAAAAAGUCCUAGUGCCCUCCUAGAUGUAUGGUUCAUGAGUAUUUUGCUUGCUUACUGCCCUCCAAUUCACACCUGACCUGUGCCAAAAUCACAUUUCCUUUUUUUAAUGUUCUGUUUCAGUAGAAAUUUCUUGAACUUUUUGAUGUGCUGUUACAUGAAAAAAAUCCUCCAUAUUUAAAGGCCUUAAGCAUCUAUGAGCUUUUUUUCUAAGUUAUUACAGAAUGUAUAAUUUUAUACUUCAUUUAGUGUAUUUUGUGCCAUCUGUAAUAUUGAUACAACAAAAAUUUGGCAAUUCCUUUUAGUGGCACUACAUAAGCAUGCUAACUGAGAGAGUGAGAGAGUUCUGACUGUAUGCUUUGGUGCAUUAAAUGAAAAGCACAUUCACUAAUGGUAUGCAAAAAUAUAUAGCAUUAAGCUUAUUUAAAAGUCCUCUGUGGUUACCAAACUCUCUGAAAAACAUGGAAACGAUUUUAUUAUUAUGGGCCAUUGACACGGCAAGGUGGUUAUAUAUUAAGUUCUAUGAUGGAUGCAUACCUUGGAGAGAUCGGCCUGUCACAGUAUCCCUGGCUGUUCCAAAACCAUUUCAUUACCUCUGUUGUAUUACUGCACAGGAGAGCUUAAAUAAAAUCAAUGAUUCUUGGGAAUAAAAUUGAGAAGUAUAUUCUAUCAUUCUGCUGAGAAAUAAUAAAAAAUGUUGGCAGGGAAAGAUAUUUUUUUCUGAUUAAAAUUUAAUUAGGAUAAACUGUAGCAGCAAUUAGGUAUCUCAGUAGUUUAAGAUGGAUUAAUAUUGUAUGGAUUUGUGCUAACGGGUGCAGGAUGGAAGGCAGCACCUUAAAAAGAAUGGGACAAUGCAAAGUAUUAAUGUGGUGUUUUGUAAAAUCUGAAUAUGGCCUGUCUUUGGUCAAAAGUCUGCAUCAUGCUUCUCAAUAUUGUUUUAUUUAUUCCUUUGUUCUUAAACCGACAGUGAAAAUACUGUAUUAUAUACAAGUGUAACACAUGCAUAUCAGUAAGUGAAAAUAAAUGGAUUUUCAAAUAUACUGAAUAGAUUAUCUGCAGUAGAUUAAUGUUGUGAAUAUUCAUAACAAGUGAAUAAAAUUGUGAUACAAAACAGUUCCCUGAAUGGAUGUACGCUUUGAAGAUCUAUCUUGUUUACCCAUGGAACAAAACAAUUUUGUUCAGUGAGCAAGAAUUUCAAAAGUUUUAUUAAUGUUGUAUUUAUUCAGUAGACCUGCAAAUAUCUCCCACCAGUUUGAAAGAUCUUUCUGCAAAGGCAAUUGAUCUAAUGCAACUGUUCUAGCAUUCAAGUGGGUGUACUGUUCUUUUUAGAUUAGACUGAAUACAAACAUUGUUUUUUUCCCCACAUUAUUCCUGAAAAAAAUCAUGGUAGACAUUCCUGAAAUUGCAGUGUUUUGGUUUAAUUUAUUAAACUGUUUAAAAAAAUAUAAAUCAAUCCAGUUCAACAGUGAGCUCUGCUGCUCAAUCUCAGAGCAAUGUGGGAACCAUAGUUCAGCUGUCCAUAGUGUCUGUUUUAGUAGCGGUGUCUUUGAAAAUGUGGUACAGGUGACUAGAUCAGCUAUGGGCAUUCAUACUGUGGGCAUCUGGAGAUGAAUUCUUCUUCAAUUUCUCCUUUAUUUUUUAUAUUCUAUUUCCCAGUUUCUAUGAUACACAUUUUGAUUAAAAACAUGAUCAGGCAUAAAGAUCAGAGGAAAAUCCACGUUUCCUUUCAAGUUCACUUGUCAUCAAGAGCUCUGAAUCAUUAGAAAAUAUGUGGUCUCUGUCUGCAGUUUUGUAUAGUAGUGCAGUAAUGGAAAGAAAACUGACUGCUUUGUUCAAACUUUUCAAAAUGAAAUCUACUGGAUCAGUUCA